UCAACAACUGGGAGGCCAGACAACAACCGGGACCCACGUUUCCAGCGCAGCUGGAAGUAUUAGCGCAGGUCAAGUGUCUACAUCACAGUCGAGUGCUAAUGGAACUAUGGUCACUCAAGUAACAAAUGCUGGUGCAGGGCAAAAAGAAUCGCAGAAACAAACGGGGAUCAUCCAACAAGGUUCCAGCCAGACAGGAAAUCAAGGCACUUCGGGUGGGCCAGAAAAGCCUCGUCCUGAGCUUAAAUUACCAACUAUAAAAGUAUCGAAAGUUACACCUCCUCCAAUGGAUGACGAGUGCAAAGUGACACUCCCUUACGAACCAACACGAAAGUGCCGGCGUCCAAGAUGGUAUUACGAUAGUAAGAAGCAAGCCUGCCGUCCAAGCUGCAAUAAAACAGCACCCUUUUAUAACAAUAUAGCCUGCGAUGGAGUGUGCCGAACUGUGGAAGCUUGCGACUUUCCAAUGGCAAGCAUCCCUUGCUUCUUCCGUAAGGUGCACGUUGUAUACAUUUAUAAUCAGUGGAGGAAGAAAUGCAUGAAAGGAUACGAUUGUUCCUACUUCGGAAAUAAAUUCCCAACUUUAAGAGAAUGUAAACAAACUUGCAAACUCUAUGAAGAUCGUCGCAAUGUGGAGAAGACCACGCAGAGCAGCUCUCAAAUCUCCACAAAAAGAAACAAGAUACUUUCAACUAUGACUCUACAACAAAAGAUGUCGCAAUCAGCCAUAUCUUCCGAGAAAGGGUCUUUAAGUUCUCAAACAAGCCAGGGUCAAGAAUCGACAAGGUCUAUAUCAAGCGGCACCCAAUUAUCCCACUCUGUGGGCCACUCAGCGACACAACAAAAUUCGGAUACCCAUUCCGGCGUUCAAAUCACGGGACAAGGACAGGCAAGUUCUACGUCGAUCAGCUCCCAUGUUUCCGGCCAGAUAAGCAAAUUGGAUUCGACCGGAAGCGAACAAGGUGGUCAGUUGGUUUCAGGGAUGGCUGGAGGCUCGGGCCUUACAGAGAAUCACAUAGUAGUGGGUGGAUCCCAACAUCAGACAAUAUCUGGAGCUGCCGUAGGCUCUCAACAGUCCAGGGAGGGAGAGACUACCAUUUCAAGUGGUCAGCACAUCUCGUCGCAAACAGGAGCAGGUCAGCGGAACACAAUCCUUGGCACAACUGGUAGCUCUGAAAAUUCCAUCCACACUAACUAUAAUGGUUUAACUGGGAGUGGCCAACACGGCUCGACUGUCUCAGGAUCGUCUUCUCACUCUGUCCUUGUAGGACAUGAAGUUGUUACAGGUGGGCAACAUCAAACAACUACUUCUGGAGCAGGUAGCUGGCACACGUCCAGCCAUAUAAGUGGCUCUGAUACAUCUGUGAGUCAUCAGACUGGUUCGUCGUCCUCAGUAGUAUCUGCCAGCUCCAGCACUCAUGGACAGCUACAAGAAACAGUGGAAACAUGUGGGGCACCGUUGAAAACUGCCCUCUGUAUGUUUGACGUAUACGCUAUGUACGCCUACGACGCCUACUCAGGAACUUGCUUCAUGUUAUACGACUGUUCUCUACACGGAAAUAAGUUCCCUACCAUACAAACAUGCAGGCACGCUUGCGUACGAGGUGCACCAGCGCUGCCGGGAGGCGCACGAGUGUCUGUUUCACAAGGAAAGUGGAACGCUUCUACUCAACAACGAGGACAGCAAUCAUUCACAGGUGCCACAGAAGCUGGAAAGCAGGUUUCCAGUCAGGGACAAAUUAGCGCCAGUCAAAUGAUCACGCGUCAGUCGACAGUUGGUGGAGGAGUUUCAGAGACCGAGAUGACAGCACAAGAGAAACGUGAAAUGGAUAAAGCAGCAGCGAUCGACGAAGAAUGGUUCAACCAACAAGGCAAAUUGAGCACAUUGGAGGAACAACAGCAGUUUCUUCAGAAAAUGAAACUGCCCUCUGUAAAGGUGUCAAAACCUAAACCACUCCCAAUAGAUCCGGAAUGCCUCAUCACAGCACCGCCGGCAGGAAAGCGCCGUUGUCGCCGAAGGUGGUACUACAACAAAAAUACCAAGACGUGCCUUCCGAGCUGCAGUAAAAAUGCACCGUUCUCAAACAAUAUAGCCUGCGAUGGAGUGUGCCGAACCUUGGAAGCCUGCGAUUUUCCAAAGGCAAGCCUGUUUUGCUUCUUCAGAAAGGCGUACCCAGUGUAUAUCUACGAUCGGAACUCGAAACAAUGCUACCAGGGAUACGACUGUUCUAACUUCGGAAAUAAAUUUCCUACUUUAAAAGAGUGUCAAAGUACUUGUCGCCUUUAUGAAGAAAAACAGCAGAAAAUGGCUGCAAGAAAUACGACUGAAAUUUCCAUUAAACAACAGAAGAUGAUGGAUGCUAUGAAUCACCAGCAGUCAGUGUUGCGAUCAAGCACGUCAUCUGCACAAAGCUCUCUUGGUUCGCAAACGGCCACAGGAAUACCAACGCCUGUGCAAGCGGGGGCCACUGGUGGCGGCGACUUUCCAGCUCAUGUUCCAGCCAUCCCGGCAGAGAACAACAAUCUACCUACUUCUGGUAACAGCGCUUCACUAGGACAAGCAACGGGCACCGUGAAGACGGUUAAAAAAUAAUAAUCCUUCUAUUAUUUUGAAAAUUUGUUUUGAACCGAGAUAUACGUGUAAUCUCUUCAAAACGCAUAUCUCAAAAUAAACUUAUUAAUACUUUGC